CCAUAUUGGGCUUGUAAAUUAUAAUUGCUGGGCUUUGGUUAACAAAAUAAAACAAGGGCCCGAAAAGGUAAUAAAUACACACACAAAAAAAUAUCUUUGUUUAGUGAAAGCUUAUACCGAAAACAAACUCAAAAAAAUUGAAAAUAUUUUCAGCUGGAGCAACUGACCUGAUUGUGCUUUUGAUGUUGUUGGUCCUUGCUCAACACCUAAAGAUCUUCUUUAAAGGAAAAACAGCCUAUAAUCUGGAUUGGGGCUGGUUUAGGAGCGAAUGGUUCCGCCGUGCAGAUAAAGUGCUCGACGAUUUGUGUCAGAGAAGCCCAUCUACUGUUGUCCAAGAAGGUGAGAUUUCUGGAACUAAAGCUGACCUCAUGCACGCCAUAAAUUGAGAAUUUUGGUAUGGAAAAAAAAAAACUAUUAAUUGAUUUAAAAGAUUCGUAGCUGCCCAAUCACAUUGAAAUUGUCAUCUAUUGAAGUGUUGGAGUCGUUGAAUUGGGACAUUGUUAUGAACAAGUUGCAAUCAGGUUUUUCCAUACAUACAAAAUACACCUGAUUAAAGUCACUUGAAUUUUAGGCUUUUACUCCCUUAAGAAUAUUUUCUCUUAAGAUUUUUAGAUCCCUUAAGAAGUCUAAGAAACAAUUAGUUGAGUGUAAGAUUACACAUACAUAUAUCUUUCUUUUUAUUUUCUAACUAUUGAUUGGUCUUGGUAUUAGUAUCAUUUCGAUAACAUGAUAGCGUCAUUUAGUGUUAGUGUCAUUUCGAAAUAGUGUUAUUUAUAUGACAUGAUAGUGUCAUUUGUAAAACAAAAUAGUGUUAGUAUCAUUUAGAUUUAGUGUUAGUGUCAUUUAUACCCGAGUCUACGGUACACUCGGGUGUACAGGAGACUACAUCAAUUUUUUAUUGACUACUGAAAUUAAUAGUACAAUAUAGUAAUUCAUUCAAUUGCAAUAUUUAGUUUAUAUAAAUUAGUUAAAUUUCAAUAUAUGGAACAUUAUUUAUAUACCAAGAUUUUACUGUAGAGAAGCUAUGAACAUAUCCUAUUUAUGUGAUUUUUUUUGAGACUACCUAGUUAUGUUAUUAAAGAAGUGUCCAAGAAUCAAGACUAUAUUUUUUUUGCAGAAGAUUCCAAACAGUAUAAAAUUCAUAGCGAUAUGUACAACUAAUUAGUACGAUAAUUAUCCUAUUGAACCAGCCAAAAUGAAAGUCUCUCUAACAACCCGGCUGCUUUAUAUUAUAUGAGAACAUUUCAAGACUGAGAAAUAGAGAUAUAUCGUCUCUCUCUAGAAAUUUUCUAUGCAAUUAUUUUAUUAGUUUGUGAAAGGUGUACAAUUUUUCUUUUGAAUGGCAUUAAAUUGUUGAAAAUAAUAUUCUUUCAAUAAUCUGGUUGUUGGGAUGUCACCAUCGUAUUUGGAUCUUUUCAAUAAUACAUUUUGAAAAUGGUGUUGUAUUUGCAAAGGUUUGAAAAUGGUGUUGUAUUUACCAUGUGUAAUGGACGUAUAGGCUGUACUAAUUUAAUUAAAAGUCAUGGAAUGCUUUCUAACAACUUUAUUAUGUUUCUCAUAAAUUCAAAAAGGAUGGAUUAUUGUAUCUAAUUAAUUUAUUACUUUGUGGGGUAAGCAUUUGUCGAAUUCUUUAAAUUGCAUAAAUUACAAUAUUAACGGUAGUUACAAUAGUCGUAAAAUAAUAUGUUUGUUAAAAUGUCAUGCUUGCAUUUUUUGUCAACAAAUAAUUAAACGAUCAGCAAUUAUUUAUCUUUUUCUUAUAGAAAAUAACAAGUAGUCUCUCUAACAACCCUUCUGCUUUUUGGACACUAUAUUUACUCAGAGGAAUGUAAGAAAUCAUCAAACAAAACAGAUUGCCAUUUGUCUAUUUUGAUAAUUAUCAGUUUCUCUCUCUACAAUUGUUAUUGUUCCUUCAUAUGAUCUGCAAAAUCUUGUAGCAAGAAGAGAGUUUAUUUCUUCUCUUCUGAUUCUCCCUUUGCUGUUGUUCCAUCAUUUUAUCUUCAAAAUCUUGUAUUAAGAGGAUAGUUUCUUUAUCUGCAAAAUCUUGUGGUUAGAGCAUAGUUUCUUUCCCUUCUCUUCUAUUCUACCUUUGAUUUGCAUAAUCUUGUCUCUGAGAGUGUGUAAGGAUGGCUUAUUCUACUCUUGUUUCACUUGAAAGAACCAUUGAUCAAUUCCUCAAUCAUAAUCAAUUUUCCAUUUCUCCUCACGAAAAAAAACAUAUUAUAUCUCUCGAUAAAUAUGUUAUUACACUCCGAGCUUUUCUUGAGGAUUUUCCCGAGAAAGCCAAGAGUUUGGAAGCAAGAAUGAGGAAUGUAGCAAUGGAGGCAGAAGAUGUUAUCGAAUUGUAUAUGAUGGAAAAAAUCCACUACAAUAUUCGAUAUACCCACUGGAUUGCAGAACUAAGAAGAAUCAAGUUUAUAUUCCAGUUGCGCAGAAUAGAAAAUCAAAUGGAUUCAAUCGCCGGAGUGGUGGUGGAGAUCAAAAAUAGCAUCAUCACCAUCAAAGAUGCAGAACUUGAUGACUCUGUUGGGACUAGUUCAUCCUCAUCUCAGGGUGCAGAAGCUGGCAAAAUCGAUAUGGUUGGCUUGAACGAAGAUUUGCUAGAAAUAAAGGCUUGGCUUUGUGGAGAUUCGCGACAACUCCAAAUCCUCCCAAUAACUGGUAUGGGAGGAAUUGGCAAGACGACUCUUGCUAGAAAUGCUUAUGAUGAUCCAUUAAUCAUGGAGCAUUUUCAGAUUCGUGUUUGGGUCACUAUAACACAAGAUUAUAGUGAAGAAAGAAUUCUUUCAAACAUCUUCGAUUCCUUGAAAGAAUUCAACCGAGAAAGGGAUGAUAGAUCCAUGGCGGAGAAAGUGUACAAAAUCCUAGUAGGCAGGAGAUUUUUGAUUGUGAUGGAUGAUAUGUGGAGCACCAAGGUACUGAAUGAUGUAAAGAAGUUGUUUCCUGACGACAACAAUGGGAGUCGAAUUCUGUUAACCACAAGGUUGGUAGAUGUUGCUGCUUAUGCCAACUCUUCCACGCCUUCCCAUAAGAUGCGUUUGAUGGAUCCGUGUCAGAGCUGGAAUCUACUACGAGAGAAGGUGUUCGGACACCAAGAUUCCGUCCCUCGUGAAUUGGAGGCCAUUGGAAGGGAGAUUGCAAGAAGCUGCGGAGGAUUGCCCCUUGCAACGGUGGUGGUUGCAGGACUCCUAUCCUCGGUGAGUAAAACUCCAACUUCAUGGGAGGAAAUUGCUAAAAAUGUAAGAUCAUCUCUUGCCACAACAGAUGGGCGGGUGCAAAAGAUUCUAUCCUUGAGUUACAUCCAUUUGCCUCAUCAUUUGAGGGCGUGUUUCUUACACGUGGGAGGAUUUCCAGAAGAUCACGAGAUCAAAGUCGAGAACCUGAAGAGGUUAUGGAUAGCUGAAGGCUUUGUGAAACCAGUUGCAUCCAAAAGCUUUGAAGACAGAGCAGAAGAGUAUCUGGAGGAUCUUAUCAGGAGAAGUCUUGUUAUUGUUUCCAAUAAUAAGUCUAAUGGCAAAAUAAAAAGUUGCAGGCUCCAUGAUCUGGUACGAGAUUUGUGCAUCAAGAAAUCGCAGGAAGAGAAGUUUCUUGUGCACGUUAAGGGUAGGCGAGCGCUGGAGCUGAUGAAGAGCAUGAAAGAUGAGCGCAGGAUAAGUGUUUCUAGCUCUAAACUCGAUUCUUUCGCUCACAUUUUUAGCACAACCAUCCGGACUAUAAUGUACUUCGAGUAUAAACUUGAGUCUUUCGGGAGCUUUAGAUUGCUCAGGGUCCUCGAUGUGCUGAGAGUCGGAUUUCUUCCGCGUUUGGUCCCUGAUCAAUUUUUUGAGCUGUUUCAUUUGAGGUACAUUGCUUUCUCCUAUGACGAUAAAAUUCCUAGAGCAAUCUCAAACCUUCAAAGUCUUCAAACCUUAAUCAUUCGGACAGGUGGUUAUAGAAAUUUGCCGGAUGAAAUUUGGAAUAUGCCGCAACUAAGGCAUCUCAUUAUCCUCGGUUAUUCUAGUUGUUACUUAACUCAUCCCAAUAGUGCUCCUUUUGCUCUAAACAAUCUGCAAACACUAGGGAAAGUGAGAGAUCUCGAUUGUUCAUUAAGUCUCCUCCACAUGAUUCCCAACCUUAGGAAGCUGUCCAUCUCUUAUUCGUGGGGAUCGGGAGAAUCACUCUUCCAUAAUCUUGUACAUCUCCAUCAACUUGAAAAUUUGAAGCUGGAAAAGGAGAGCUAUCGGUGUAAGUCUGGUGUCCACGAUCUUCUGCUUCCAACUUCACUGAAGAAGUUAGCCUUGAUCGGUUGGGGUUUUCACGAUCCUUACCUCAAAAUUUUCGGUCCGUUGCCUAAUCUUCAAGUGCUAAAACUGAGAAAAUUCAACUUCGUGCAGCAAGAAUGGGUUACUAGCGAUACAGACUUCCCAAAGCUGAGAUUUCUACUCAUCGAUCGAUCGGAUCUGAAGCAAUGGAACAGCGAAAUCUCAGUGAAAUCCCAGAUAGUAUGGGAGAAAUACCGACGUUAAAGUUGAUCGAGGUUAAGGACUGUGAGAAUUCGGUGGCGGAAUCCGUCAAACUAAUUCAAGAAGAGCAGCAAAGUUACGGAGAUGAUGUGUUUCAAGUUCGUUGUAUUGGUUGUAAGCCCAUCCAAAAGCCGCUUCCGCCGCCACCACCGGCCAUCAAAAGGCUGGUUUCAGCUCGAUGGAAUAUAAGUAAAGUUUACCAUGUUACGGACUUGCCUCGAUAUAAGCGCUGGAGAAGAAAUCUAAAGAAAAUGAAGUGAUUUGACUUUUUCGGAUCAGAAGCAUCGGUAGUAAGGUGAGUAUGUAUUUGUCAUGCAAAAAGAUUUGUGCUCAUGUCAAAUUAUGACACUAAUAAAUAAUUUAAUUUAGUAAGCUACAAAAAAAAUUAUGUUUAUCUAUUAAAAGAAUGAAAUCUGUAGUUCUAGCAGUUAGCUGAUGGAUUAAAAAUUUGGGAUUCAAGUUCACUGCAUUUCUUGGAUGAUCAGCUUCUCAACCAUGUUAGAGCUUUGCAAACAAUGAAACAACAUUUAUGAGUGUAUAGUAGUUGUUGCUAACCUUAAUUAUGCAUACAUAGUUGCGCGUAAUGUUGAGCAUCCAACGAGGUGGACUCAAAACUUCCCUAGUUAGCUUGGGGAUAUUGUACGGGAUGAUAUUGACUAUUGAGUAACAAUAUUGAUAGCUUUCUGUCUCAAAAAAAAAAAAAAAUAAGAGAAAUUAUUUGUUAAGUAAGAAUUUAAUUCAUUGUAUGAAAGAUUCUUAUAGUGGAUUCACGGUGCAAUUUAAUUAUAAGUUGUAUUGUGUAAAUUA